CACCCAGUUUGUAGGGUAAAAUCAGACCGAUCCAGGUUCAAGAGACUCCCUCACCUGGCACUGCUCACAUAAACCAGUAGUUUGCUUUCCUAUUAUCUUAAACGUGCCAUUUAAAUUGGAAUGAGUCUUAUUCUGAUGAAAAUGACCUCUUCUUUUCCUGACCUACCUAUGUUUCCAAAUGUUGAACUGGCUUUAGUAUUUAAACCCUUGACCUCUGAUUUGCUUUAAUGGACUGCAGACUGAAACAGAAUCAGAGCACUUGAAAGCGUUUCCUGCAGGGCCAAGAGCACUGCCAGCAUCUCCACUGAGACUCCCAGCUGAUUUGGUGUACGCUUUAUUCCAACAACAUUUCUCAUCUGCAUAUCUUUCGCCACCCAAAGCUUGCUCUUUGUCCUCUGCCUCUGUGUCUUGUAGAUAAGUGAAGUGGUUGUGAAGAUUGUUCCAGUUACCGUCAGGACUUACUAUUCAUUCAAAAGUAAUACAGCGAGGCACUGAUGUCGCGUUCAUGUGGGUUCCUGCUCAUAUGGGCAUUCUGGGUAAUGAGAGAGUGGAGCCAAACAACAAGAAAACAUAGAAUGAAAUGUUCAAAAUCAGAGGGAAAAGGGCAUUGUAUGGGAGCAAAACAACGGAGAGUGGCAACAGCACGGGGACCCGGAGGUAAGGUGCGUCCAGGUAAAAACAGAGCGCGUAACACAAGAGAGGAUCAUGACUAAUAAUAGGACCCAGCAUCUGGACAGAUUAAACGGCAGGACGGACUCUGGUGCAAGUGGACCGGACACUGCAGGAGUUAACUAACUCCAGAAGAGGGCAGUCGUGCAGCACUAAGCCAGCUGCCGUUAAACCUCAAAGAAGAAGAAGAAGAAGAAGAAGUAAACGCGUCAUUUCCGGGAUGCGACACAGUCGGUGUCGCUACACACUUUGACGCUGCGACAUAAAGCUGUUUUUGUUAGGGAUUUGAGAGAGUGGCUGCCAGAAGACAGCGGUUCCUCGGCGCGUGGCGGCGUUAUGUGUAUACGGUGUUAACGUAAGUCCGCCGUUCGCCUCCUCCACCGUUAAAAUGAAGAAAAAGAGCGCAGAGAAAAAACGCCAUGUGGUAGCAUGGGUCAACAAAGCGGAGUGGGACCAGGUUCUGGAGUACCUGUACUCGAAGGAUUUCGCCUUGCAGAGGUAUGCACUGCACCGGAUAUCAGCGUGGAGGGGCAGGUAUGCCAGCAGCAGCCCCGUGGCCGUGGACUGCACAGCGGACCUGGUGAGGUGCCAGGUGCUGGACCGGUCAGGACAGCUGGACGGAGAUGAUCUGGUCCUGCUUUAUGGGUCGGCCCUGGUGAGGUUUGUCAAUUUGAUCACUGAGCGACAGCAGGGGAGGAUAGCCCGUCCACUGAGGCGGCUGGCUGGGAACCUGAACAUCCCAGAGUGGGUCGUAGACCUGAGGCACGACUUCACACACCGGAAGCUCCCCAGCUUGAAAUGGUGUCGAAAGGGGUGCAAGGUGGUUCUGGAGUGGCUCCAGCAGGAGUACUGGUCCAGGCAGUUGGGAGGAGGGCCUAAUGAGGACUGGGAGUCGCAGUCGGAUGUAGAGGACGAAGAGACUGACCUAAAACGGCAAGAGGACGAGCUCAUCGCGAGGCAAAAAGAAAUGGAGGCCUACAAGAAUGCACGGGAACUUCUGAUAUCAUUUGAGAAGGAGCAGUUUCAGGCUUUUGACGGGCUUCCUGAAGACAAAGGGCAGAGCUCGUGGCCAGCCCCCUUUGCAGACAUGAGCUGGUUACUAGGUGAGAUCAAGCAGUUUGCUUUGGAGUCAAGUGACUUGCUGAUCGACGUGUUGUUGGAAGAUGGAUUUCUAGUUCCUACUGUUGAACAGCUGGAAACAUUGGGCUGUGACACUUCGGACAACGCCAGUCCCGCUGACCCCAGACUCCCUCAAACCUUCCUGCGUUUUUGGCUGCCCCUCCUGAAGAUGCUCAACUCGCCCUCCUUUAUUCACCUCCUCCUGGAGAAGCUCUUUGCUGAACUGAAGCUGCUCGCCAAAGAGCAGAAUAAUCACAGGGCUUUCUACAUUCCUGCUUGGAUUUCAGAAGUUAUCCUCUGCAACAGCAACAAAUUUGAAUACCAUUUUGAAACAAAGGUACAGAAGAAGGCCAGAAUGAAGGACAGGAUUUUUGUGAACCGCAUCCAGCUGAGGUGGCAGCAGCUGCUGUCAGCAUGCCUGGAUGCUCCCUGUAUCAGCACGCCUCGCUUGCUCCAGUUAAUCCUGGACGACAUGGAGCAUCCUCUCCCCCUGGAAACCCGACAGCGGCUGCUCCAGCUCUGCUCCAUCUACACACAGACGGCACGCUCGGACCUCGAUGCUUCUCCGGCGCAGAAACAUCAGCCCAUAUACACGCUGGAGAGUUUGCACGAGAAGCUGCAGCAUUCGAGGCACCGCGGCCAUGCUUGGCGUUCCACGGGUGACCCGGAGAGGAGCGAGUCCUCCCAGGAGUACAAAUGGCCAGAUGUUCAGGCCGAAAAAGCAAAGUUGCUCAGAGGUUCUCCGUGGCAGGUGUGCACUGAUAAAGUUUUGUGGAAGAACUAUCCCCUUGGUAAAGUCCCCGGACAGUCGGAUGACCCCUCAUGCCUCAUGGUGGAAAACUACUCCACAAUGACUGUCUUUGACCAGCCGGUGGACUUGGAGAGCAACACAGCACACAGCGUCCCAGGAGUCUCGGCACCAGUGAGAACAGCUGAUGGCCUUCUUUGGAACCACAGCGACGUUAACAAGCUAAAGUCUGGACUGCAGCUUUUCUGAGUCGCGUCGUUGUAAUGCUGUGAAAUAUAGGCCUCUAGCUGCCGGCACAUUGUCGAACCUGCGCUCGCUGUUGUUUGGACGCUUGGAGAAAAAAAAGAAACAAAAUGUUCAAAAUGUGUACAUUUCAAUACUGAAAGAGUUAGUUGUGGGAUAAAACAAAUAUGAAAAGUAGCUUAUAAAAGGCAUUUCUCCGAGUCAUUUAUCGGGCCAGAAUGCCAAACAUUCACUGGUUUCAGCUUCUCAACUGUGAGGAUUUGCUGCUUUUCACUGUUUUUUAUAUCAUUUAGGAUUGCAACUAAUGAUUAUUUUUAUUACAAAUUAAUGCAGAUUAUUUUCUCGAUUUAAUAAAUGUCCCAUUAUAAUCUUGUUUUAUCCGACCAACAGUCCAAAUCCCACGUUUCUGACAUUUUAUAGAUAAAACAAUGAAUCGCUUAAUCCAAAAACCAUAAUCAGCAGAUCAAUUGUUUUUGAAAAUAACUGUUAGUUGCAGCCCUAAUGUAAAGCAUUCGUGUUGUAUGCUGUGUCUACAAUAUUUUCAGUGGGUGGGUAAGACAACAAGUGGAACCGGUGCAGACACAUCCUAUUAAACAUUACAUACUGUGCAUGGUAAGGGAAGAAUGUGAGAUACAAUUGGGAUAUGGUUAAUUCAUUAUGCUGGUGUAUUAAGAGUACAGUGAGUUGUUUUGUUUCUUUUUGUCUUAACAUCUGUCAUGCAAGUUAACUUGCACUGUUAAUACAGUUGUCGGUCCCUACGAAGGGUUUCGGAGAGUAGAUGCCUUUCAGUUGGAAACCCUGGCAAAUGGGAUAUUGUUGUACGCACAAGGUGGUUUUGUGUAACACACUUUCUUUUGUGCACUUCUGUUUAAUAAAACUUUUUCUACUGAAGGAGUAUGAUUGUGUUCUUUUGGAUUGUAAGAUUUCUGGAGCUGAAUUGCAGCAUACUGGUUUGGAAACGAUGUGGAGAAUGGCAGCAUGAGCAGGCAGUCUGCUGAGGAGGGCGCUCAGACUGAAGGCAGCACACAAGUGUCUACUUACCAAUUAUGUUUUGUUCUGUUACUCCGUGCUUUGCCAAUUUCAGCAUGAUUGUACAAUGGAGCCACAAUUAGAGAGUUCCUGUGAAUGGUAAAAGAACUUAACGCGCUAAAAAUCUGUUUAACGUCUCUGUUUAUAUCUCUUUAGAGGGAGACACAGCCAACAAAGCAGCAUUAGGAAGUUAAAUGACAAGAGUACAAAUACACAUAAAGCACAACAGGAGAGAUUCUUAGCAUAUUUACACACAAAAAAUAGAAACGCCUGUAUAAAAUGUAAAGCCAUGUAACAAAUAGUACUUUUAUGAAGCUUAUAAUUUGUCAUUUCUUUUGAGGCUGUGUCAGAGAGGUGUUGACUCACCUCUGACUCAGGUUGUGCGGUUCUUGUCCACUGAGCAAAGUUAAGGAGGGCUUUUAUUUUGAAUAACUUGUCCGGAAGUGUCUUCGCACCGCAGGUCGACGUUGGUUUCGUCUCGAGCGUAGACGCUCUUUAGUCGUUACACCGCGCCAUUGUUGUCCUUUUUCUUUUCAAGCUGUCAGCGGUCGGAAAGCGUUCAGUAACCAGCACAGUUUCAUCGAAGGACUCGCUUCCAUUUAUUGCAUUUGUUCCUCAAACAGGACGGUGAGGAAUCGCAAGAUAUAUUUUUUUUGGACAGCGUCCUUACGGGACCCACUGUCAAACCACAAUGAUCACCAGAAGAAGAGGCCGCACCACGAACAACACGGAGGUGCAGUCUUUAGAGGUUGAAGUGGCAGAUAGGGCGGAAACUGACGAAGAUCUCCCAAGUACUUCUGAGGGGUUCCCAGCUGACGAUAUUGACGCCGUUGGAAUAGAGCUAGAGGACCUGUUUGGAAUUGAAGACUUAAAAUGGACACUUGAAAGAGAUACUGCCUCCCCACUCUUCGAUAUUGAGUUGGCUGAUCUUGGUGUGUGCAGUGCCAAGGAUCGAGAUUCCGGGAUUGAAGCUUCAACGGCCUCGUCUCCAGAGAGACUGUCGUCCGACUUGAGGAUCAAGAACCGAGAAAACCAGUCGAGCAACAUGAGCAACAAAAAUGCCAUUGCUGCCAGAUUGAAUCGUCUCAAGAAGAAAGAAUAUGUCAACAGCUUGGAGAAGAAAGUUGGCAUCCUGUCAACAGAAAACAACAUGCUCAAACAGGAAAAUUCUCAGCUGACCAAGAGAGUGGACGAGUUGGAAGAUGAGACCAGGGCCCCGACUCAAACGACCACGACUACGCCUUACCCAGGAAGCGUGUGAAAGUGGAGGAGAAAGAGACAUCUGGUGGCGUGUGUCUGCAUGUGGACAAGAACCACGUCUCAGUGGAGUUCUGCACUAAGUGUGCAGAGAGUGCAAGCACAUCGUUCAAAAUGUAGGGUCAAGUACUUAUCUCUGUUUUCAGAUAUUGAGACUGAACUUGAUAUGCCUCAGUGUACUGAACUGGAUGAACACUGUUGAAUUACUUAAGAUUACCUAAGAACUGCUGAAUGUGCAUGUGUUUUUGUGUGAUGAUGGAUUGAGUACACGUUACUGCUAAACCUUGUUCACAGUUUCUUCUAGGUAAUGGUUGAUCCACCAUGCGGGAUGAGUGGCUUUCUGAACACCUUUACCUGCUUGACUCCAUGUGGAUUCUGCUGGUGGAAGGUGAAGAGGCUGGACAAGCAGCUGCCAACGCGGCCUGGUAUUUUUUUAAAGGUAGUAUCGGUAACAAAUGGUAUACAGUAAUUAUAUUUUACCAAUACUCCACCACAACAUCUGUAGCUGUAGAUCUUGUCAGCGUAGCUCAUCCAGCAUUUUUUGGGGGCUGACUACAGCUGCCCCAGUACUUGGAGCAAUGCUACCAGAGGCUUAAUAGUCUCAUAAUUAUGUCUUGUAUAUAUUGACAUACUGGAAUGUGUAAAUUAAAUACAUCCAAAAUGAUCUGCUAUAAGUGGUGAAAUUGCCAGUUUUGAUCAAGUGUAACAGAAUGUAAAUGUGUAUAUAACUUUGAAUACGUAUUGUUUUGAAGUAAAUGACCUCUGAGAAAUCUUGGACAAAUAAAUCAUAUUUUCGUUAUGUUUGAGUUACAAAUA